AUGCUCGCUAAAACGAAAUCAGCAGAACCCUGAUAUUAUUGGCGAGUGAAGGAUUUGCAGUACAAAAUAACUUCUUGGGGCCAGAGACGCUCCUUGCGGUCGGAGAGCUUCUACGUGUUCACCUACGGAUACCGGAUGUACAUCCGGAUUUAUCCGCGUCACAACAACGAGAACUUCUACAUUCACGUCGGUCUGACGCAAGGAGAAUACGACCAACUGUUGCCUUGGCCUUUCAAGCUGAAGCACUUCGUCACGGUGCUCGAUUUAUCCCAGGACAAGCCGGAAGAUUUGAACUCCAGACUUUGGGACCCGAAGGAAUUGUGUUCUGGUUGGAAUUGGCGACGACCUGCGACCGGAGACAACUACGAAUGCGUAGGACUUGGAUUCCCGAUUGACUUGCUGAAAUCCCGGAAUUACAUCGUGGAUGAUUCAGUGGUUUUGCGUCUCACCGUGUUCCUGGAUUCGGCUUAGAAACAUAUUUUUGAUCUAGAUACUCAGUAGUAUUAAAAAUGAUCAUACUAACGAUUUUCGGCAAAUUGCCUUAUAUAUUUGGUCAACGAACAAACAAAAACUGAAUUAAACAAACUCAUUUGAAGAUGGAAGCGUUUUUCGGUUCCAAGUUAUGAUAUCAAAGUUUUCUUAAUGUCAGAUCUAUAAUGACGGGAUUUUUGAAGUUUUAUCAGCAUUGAAAGAGAUUUCACAAGCUGAUUUCCCUCAAUAUCCUGAAAAGCAAGAGAUGAAAGUUUCGCACAUGAUUUCAUUAAAUGCAUGACCUGAGGGUGCCAAUUAAAAAAAAAUGUAUGCGGUCUGAUUCUACUGAAUCUGCAUAAAGUUACACUUCUUCUGUAGCAGUAAAUACCUUAUGCCUUGAACCUAAUAGUUUCAAAAGACAAACAUAAAUUUUAAAAAGCUUGCUGAAAAAGUGGAAAUAUUUUCUUCGCCUUCAUGCCGAAACUAGUAAACUCUCUUACACGUAUUGGGUUUUAUUUUUCUUUUUUUUAAAUCUGAUAUGAAAGCACAGUGAAGGUUUCCUCGAUAAUAAUUGAAUUCAAAAGAGGUGCUCGAGAUAUCGAUCAAUUGUUAUUUCUUGUGAAAUUAUCUUGUCCUGGGUUUAAGUGGGGUUUCCUGAUAAAUAUACAGUAUUUUAGCUCAUUUUUUAAUGGUAGAAACUGCCGUCACGACGUUUGACAACUAACAAAUGUGUCUUCAUUGCAUUUUGACUUGAUUUUAAACUGCUCAAGUUCCUGCUUCUCUUCCGCUUUUCAAAGCAUAAGUAUUUCGCAAGCCUACAGGUGGUGAAAAUACUUAGAAUGCGUAUAUUCAAUCAAAAAUUUUCAGAUUGUUGCUGGAGAUGAAUUCAGUGACAUACUGUAGUGGCAAGAAAUAACUAAAAAUCCCUCUAAAUCGGUAUAAAUUGUGUUAUGCAUAUUUUAUAUACUUAGACCUCAAUUUGAUUCUACAAUCAUGAUUCUACAAUCUUCGCUAAUAUGUCUUCAUCAGUCAAAGACCGGAAAACAUGGCGCCGAUUGAAGCUAGAAUUCGAGCAGGCUUCAAUGUAUUCUCUCGAUUAACUAUAGUAAUUGGUUCGAGCUGUCAAUGAAUCCACUCGUUCGAAGAUUGCUUAGACAUUAUCUGAUAUUUGAUUCGUUCAAGGGUUGAGAGAUAUGGCUCAUUAAGAGUCAACGGACCGAGAAACUCUGUUGCGAUGACAUCUAGGUGGUGUGCUCUCAAUCCCGUAUCACAGACGAUGAGGGUCGUCUUUAUUUUUACAUAUUUUAUUGAACCGGAAUAUUGUGUUUCGGAUCCAUUUUUUCUUCUUUUAUUUUUAUGUUUGAUUUGUUUGUUGAGUAACCUUACUGAUGGAAGAAGAUGCGAUUCGGCGACGCCCCGGCAAAAGAUGGCCUUCUGGGCAACUUCCGCGUGGUGUCGUCUUCGUGUUCCGCUUCCCGCUUGUCGCUUGAAGGCGGAAACACACAAAAAAACGCGGACUCAUUUGCUGGUUUCGGGAUUUAUUUAUUCAUUUAUUUAUUAACGGUUCCUUUGCGGGCAUUGUUCGGUACUGAACGAAAAAAAUAUAUAUACAUAAAUAUAUACAGUAUUGAACAGAGUUAUUUCUCUACACAGCAUAAACAAUUGACGGG